UGUUGAUAUAUCUCCAUUUGAGAUUUUGAUUUACCACCAACCCUCUCUUCUUCUUCUUUAUUCCUUUAGUAAAUCAUACUUACUUGACGAGAUUCUUUUGAUUUGCCUACACCACAGUUUGAGGAUAAAAAAAGGGAACUUGGCACAAAAAAAAUGCAAAGAGCAUAUCUUCUUACUUUACACUUGACAAUAGAGAGCAGCAGUGCCGGUGUCGGUGCCAGUGAGGACGCGUUUUCAACGGGUGAUUGCUAUUUGCCUUUCAAAAACAACGUGGUCGCUCAAUCGCAAGUCGAAAAAUAAGCCCUUCAGUGGAACAAUUUUAUUUGGUAGUGAUGUUGAUGUAGUCAUUGCAUGCUCAGAAUUAAAAUGAUUAUAGAGGGUAUAUUACCAACUUCCUGAAAACAUUGGAAGACACAUCAUCUAAAUUGGAGUUGAUGAAGAUAAAGGGGAGAAACAUUGGCAGGUAUAUGGUGAUCUAGAUAGAAUGCGCAAACGUACCAUUUGUAGCCUCCAGCUUCAAAAUUUCCAGAAAUGUACUUGUCUACGUUGUUCUUUGCGAGCAAUGAGAAUGACUGCAGUUUCACAAUGUAAUGAAUGGGUGGUGAAUCUGUAGUAGAGGUCAAGAUCCCUGCACGAAUACAUAAAAAAUCCCAUUCGCGCGCGGCGAAGUUAGCUGCAUCGUGUACGGGAAUAGGCUUCGAAGAAAAGGCUUUUCAUUCCUUGCUGCAAAAGAUCAAUUAAUGAAAGCUUACCAUCGUGUUCACUGAAGACAAGGUCUGCCAUGGCAAGGAAAUGGAUGGAAUGAUGUAGAAAGCGAUGAAGGAAAUCGCUGCACAAUCCAUCCAUUUAUGCAAAUCUUCCGCCUCAAUGACCGGAGAAGUGGAAGCAUCUGUUCUUUUCUUGUUAAUUUAAUUUGAUGACCCAAGCUGAUUGUGCAAUUUAUUCCAAACUCUUGACUUGAGCUAAGAUGUCCUCCCAAGUUUUGUUUUGUGAGUAGUCUUAAACUUUAGGGGAAAGCGAGUUUGGCAAUUCAUCCUCCUUAUUUCACUUAUCCCAACCCUCAUUUCCAUCUGUUUUGAACAUCGUGAAUGCCAAGUUUAAGCUAACCUAUGUUUUAGCUAAAAUUUGAAUAAUUUAAAUUUUAAGUACGAUGAUAAGCACCGUAAAUGGUAAACGAAAUGUGUAUUACUAGAUGACCAUGCAAUAUCAUUUAUUUAUUUGAACCGCAAGAAAGUCCCUCUAUUUUUACUCUUAUAAAUAGUAGUUACUUUAUUAAAGUAGAGGAUGAUCAUAUUACCUAUAUGCAAUGGCCAAUAACAUCAAAAUGUUAAUAUAUAUUUUGGCACAUUGACCUGAUCCAGAACACACCAACCAACCAACAAAACCCGGAGCCUGCCUAGCUACAUUGUUUUGACUUGAUCUGCGGAUCAAGCCUCACUCAUUUGGGUUCCAGAAUCACAAUCACAGUCACAAAUCAAAAAAGUUAACCACCAGAACACUAGCAGAGAAUCAUAUAGUCACUGUCUUUGUUGCUUUUUUUGGUGUUGAAAUAGAUAUUUUAUGGCCUCACUCAUUUGGGUUCCAGAAUCACAAUCACAGUCACAAAUCAAAAAAGUUAACCACCAGAACACUAGCAGAGAAUCAUAUAGUCACUGUCUUUGUUGCUUUUUUUGGUGUUGAAAUAGAUAUUUUAUGUAUGAAGAGGAGUAACUUUUUUUUUUUUUUUUGAAAAUGAAGAGGAGUACUGGAAAUGGAAGUAAUUCAGGAUUGGGAACACAAGCAUAUGGAGAGGCAUGGUACUGGGACAAGCGCUAUUCACAACACCAUGAUGAUGAUGAUGAUGAUGAUACAGUUGCUUUUGAUUGGUACCAGAAAUAUCCCUCUUUAGCUCCACUUUUUCACUUAUACAUUCCUCCACUUGAUGGCCAGCUUCACCUCCUUGUUGUUGGCUGUGGCGAUUCUGGUCGGACCCUUUUUUCCUAUUUUUGUUAUUCAUCUUGUCUCGUUUUGAGCCCCAUUCUUUUUUUAUUUGUUUAUUUAUUUUUAGGUGCAUUUGAUCUGUCCUUGAUCAUGUGUUGUAUAAGUUGAUGGAUCAAUUGAAUGAAACACAUGGGUUGGGUUGAUUUCAUUAUCUUCCUUCUGAGAUAAGGUGAUUUUUAUUUCUCCUUCUAAAAAGAUACAGGAUUUAGCAGUGAUCUCAAGCAUGCGUCUUUCAGCCUUGAGUGAAGACAUGGUCAACGAUGGUUAUUGUAACAUUUUCAACGUUGAUAUAUCUGCUGUUGUGAUUCAAGCAAUGCAAAAGAAGUACUCCAGUUGGCCACAACUGAAAUUUAUGCAGAUGGAUGUCAGGGAUAUGAGUGCCUUCGAAGCUGGUUCCUUUGAUGCUCUUAUUGAUAAAGGGACUUUGGACUCCAUACUGUGUGGGGGCGAUUCGCAGGAAAAUGCUGGCAAGAUGCUGAAGGAGGUUGAAAGGGUCCUAAAGGAUGGUGGCAUAUAUUUCCUGAUUACAUAUGGAGCUCCAAAGUAUCGCCUCAACUUAUUGAGAAACUCUUACCCGUGGACAAUUAAGCUACAUGUAAUAGAUAAAUUUUCUUCAUCUGAAAGUUCAAAACACAAAGCAUCAGAUCUGACCUCUCCUGUUCUACUGGAUGAUAACAGCAGCUCUUUGGAUUCUGUUUUGGGGAAAAAUCGGGAAGUCCACUAUAUCUAUGUCUGUAUGAAGGUUGGUACUCGGUACCAGAUACUUUCCUGA